UUCCAUCUUCACUUUCUAGGUGGAGCUUUGGGGGAGGGGAGGGGAGGGGAGGGGAAGGGAGAGGCGCUUUCACCUCCUCCAAUCCCUUCCUCCUUCUCCUUUUUCCACCUGAAAACCACAGUCACCAACGCGAAACUAUUCGGAGAAGUUGCCUGUCCGGGAUCUGCCAGCCACCUUAUAAAGGGCGCAAGGGAAAGCUGGGGGGCGGUGGUGGUUUUCGGUGGAAAAGCCGAAAGAGACUUUGAAUGGGAAACGGUCCCCGAGCGAAGGCUAUUUGCGGGGACCGCCGCCGGGCUGGAAGGUUAUGGCUGAGAGUCGGAGGUGGAAAUGAGCAAGGCGGCGGCGCAGGCUCGGGGAAUUCAGACUCUACUGCUCCAGGCUCUGUUCUUCAUCUCCUCCUCCUCCUCCUCCUCUCCUGCUUUCGGGAAUUCCCCACUGACCCGUCAAUGCUGCAGAGUUACCUGGAGGCGGAGGAGGCAAAGGUCUCCCAACCAGAUGCAAGAAAGGCAUUCUCUUAAAGGUCAGAGAAGGGACCAAAGACCCCCAGCCACCUCCUGCAAGACCUUACAUGUGAACAAGGUGAUGUCCAUCUUGUUUUCUGUGACCUUUCUGGCUUUUCUCUGUGGCAUCCAAUCGACCAGCAUGGACCAAGGGAGUUUAUCAGAAGAUUCCAUGAAUUCCUUCCUUAAAACGUUGAUUCAAGCUGGCAUUUGGAAAAACAAGAUCCCCAAGCAGACGGCCAGAACGAAGGACGGCGUGCCAACCCCAGUGAAGAAAACCGAGGUUGAACCAGAGUUGACUACAAGCCAAGAUAUUAGAUUGGGUUUCCAGCCUGUCGUUUCGUUGGAUGCAGAAUUACUGAGGCAGCAGAGACGGUUCAGUUCUCCCCGGGUACUCCUGAGUGAAAAUACCCCCCUGGAGCCCCCUCCCUUGUACCUGAUGGAGGAGCCCAUGGUGCUGAACCGAACGUCUCGCCGGAAGAGGUAUACCGAAGGGAAAACCCACCGUGGGGAAUAUUCUGUGUGCGACAGCGAGAGCCGAUGGGUCACGGACAAAACCUCCGCUGUGGACAUCCGAGGACACCAGGUGACUGUCCUGGGCGAAAUCCGAAUGGGCCCAUCUCCGGUCAAACAAUAUUUUUACGAAACGAGGUGUAAGCAAGCCAAGCCUGCCAAAAGCGGUUGUCGUGGUAUCGAUGACAAGCACUGGAAUUCCCAGUGUAAAACCUCACAAACAUUUGUGCGCGCAUUGACUUCAGAGAACAGUAAACUUGUAGCCUGGCGAUGGAUCAGAAUAGACACUUCGUGUGUGUGCGCCUUGUCCAGGAAAAUCGGGCGAACAUAAGUUCGUUUUCUCUCUGCCAUAUAAGUUAUUAUGACUAAAUUAUAUGAUAUGCAUGUAGCAUAUAAAGGUUUCUAUUGUUUAUAUAUUAUAA